CAGCGCCGGAAAGGGCGGGCGGCGGGCCCGGUGAGGGAGCCGGGUCGGCGGUCGGAUGCCCGGGGGCGGCGGGAGCCCCGCGCCCGGCACGCAGGGGGGAGCGGAGGCGGGCGAGGCGGCGGCGGCGGCGGCGGCGGCGGGCGGCAGGAUGAGCCUGUCGCCGAAGGAGCUGUCGAGCCUGCUGAGCAUCGUGUCGGAGGAGGCGGGCGGCAGCACCUUCGAGGGGCUCUCCGGCGCCUUCCACCACUACUUCGGCAAGGCCGAGCACUUCCGGCUGGGCUCGGUGCUCGUCCUGCUGCUGCAGCAGCCCGACCUGCUGCCCAGCCCGGCGCAGCGGCUCACGGCGCUGUACCUGCUGUGGGAGAUGUACCGCACCGAGCCGCUCGCCGCCAACCCCUUCGCCGCCGUCUUCGCGCACCUGCUCAACCCCGCGCCCGAGCGCGGCGGCGGCGACGAGGCGGAGCGCACCCCGCUCUCAGGCUUCUUACCUCCCAUAACUCCUCCAGAAAAAUUCUUUCUUUCUCAACUGAUGUUGGCCCCUCCUAGAGAGCUGUUCAAGAAGACUCCUCGGCAGAUUGCUGCAAUGGAUGUGGGGAACAUGGCCCAGUCAGUGGAUAUAAGUGGGCUUCAGCUGGCAUUAGCAGAACGCCAGUCCGAGUUGCCAACACAGAGCAAGGCCAGCUUCCCCAGCAUUCUCAGCGAUCCUGACCCAGAUUCUUCCAACUCUGGUUUUGACAGCUCUGUUGCUUCCCAGAUCACGGAAGCCUUAGUGAGUGGACCAAAACCUCCUAUAGAAAGUCACUUUCGACCAGAGUUUAUUCGACCACCGCCUCCACUCCAUAUAUGUGAGGAUGAAUUGGCAUGGUUAAAUCCCAUCGAGCCAGAUCACACAAUUCAAUGGGAUAAAUCAAUGUGUGUUAAGAACAGCACUGGAGUGGAGAUAAAAAGAAUCAUGGCAAAAGCUUUUAAAAGUCCUUUGACAUCCCCACAGCAAACACAGCUCCUUGGAGAAUUGGAAAAGGAUCCCAAGCUUGUUUACCAUAUCGGUCUCACUCCUGCCAAAUUGCCAGACCUGGUUGAAAACAAUCCUUUGGUAGCUAUAGAAAUGUUGCUGAAACUAAUGCAGUCUAGUCAAAUAACAGAGUAUUUUUCUGUCUUGGUCAACAUGGACAUGUCCUUACAUUCAAUGGAAGUUGUAAAUCGGCUUACUACUGCAGUUGAUCUCCCACCUGAAUUUAUUCAUCUUUAUAUCUCCAAUUGUAUCUCCACCUGUGAACAGAUUAAAGACAAAUAUAUGCAGAACCGCCUGGUACGUCUUGUUUGUGUCUUUCUUCAGUCUUUAAUCAGAAACAAAAUUAUUAAUGUACAGGACUUGUUUAUAGAAGUGCAAGCAUUCUGUAUUGAGUUCAGUCGGAUACGAGAAGCAGCUGGACUCUUCAGAUUGCUGAAGACACUAGACACGGGGGAAAAUCCAUCAGAAAUGAAAACGUCAAAAUAAAGUGACUGUCACUGGCAAAAAAA